AGUGCUGCCAUGACCGGUAUUGUGCGUUGAUGCCUUUGUGUCUCGCUGCAGAGGAGUGGGGCAGCCGGCGUGCUCUUUUGUUUCCUUUUACCAGUUCAGGGGAAUAGUCAGCGCCGGCUGCUCCCCAGAGUGCCCACUCCAUCCAGUGUGAGCAGAGACACCCUCCUCCCGCGGCUGGUGAUGCCCACAGCCCGCAACGCUUCUCUGUAGACUGUGAGACCCCGCUGGACACUUCUGGGGGCGCUGAGAAGUUUCCGCCCUCUCUUGGCCCGGCAGGGAUAAGAUGAAGGAUCUGAAGAAGUAUUUGACAGAAGGUCUGCUGCAGUUCACCAUCCUCUUAAGCUUGGUCGGGGUGAGGGUGGAUCUUGACUCUUAUUUGCCCCCCAUCCAGGAGAUCAUCCUGGGGACCAGUUCUGCCUAUUCUCAGAUUCCUUUCCAUAGCCUUAGAGACACUUGGGAAGGGUCCAGCCUGCACCCCAAGAGCCCGGACCUGGACUCCUUCUUUACAGCCAAGAGGCUGCUUGACGAGGUGAGGGCGCUGGGGGACACACGCAUCCCCAGGACUGAAGUGAGCGCCUGGCUGGUGCAUGCGGUGUCUGGGGAUGCUGAGGCUUCCUCAGUGAGUGCGGCGCAGGCUCCGCUCGCUGCGGACUCCGGUGAGGACAGCAGCAGCACCGGCACCCCCAGCCACAGCAAUGAAGGCCCCAGCCAGCCAUCCCCAAGCAACAGCAACCUGCAGCAAAGCCACUCAACGCCAGCCCAGCCGCACAUUGGGACCGGGGCGACCCCCAGCCCCGCAGAUUAUACCAAAGAGACACAAGAAGAGAAGCUGGGGUCAGAUCCAAACAACUACGGUUAUGGUUGCCUUCAAAACGAACAUGCGAAAGCAGGACUGGAUGAAAACGUAUCCCCGCAAACGAACGAGGAAGGAAAUUCUAUAAGGGAUAAUACUGAUGUUGACCCGAGUUUCAUUGGCACUGAGAUCAACAGGAACCCGACAGAACCUUCCCUCUUCUUUGAAGAAUUUAUUCAGCUGCUAGCACAAACAGAAAAUGCACUCGAGGGUACAAGUGAAAGCACUCUUCAUCCUACCCAGUCAAAUUACAGAAUGCCUUCUGGAAACUCGGUGGGUGAAAUAUGGCAAGAUUUGCUCUCUAUGCCUGAAUUAAAUAUAAAUCUAGAAGAUAUUCAGCCUGCCUCCAGCACCAAUAGUGUCAUCGGUCCUUCAACACAUUACAGUGUUGAUUUUACAGAUGCAAUUAGCCAAGAUGUAAGCCUACAGGAAGCCAUGUUCAACUCAAACCCAAAUUCUAGUACAAGUGGGGAUUUCAUACAAAGACAGGAACCUUCCCUGCAGUUAAAUUCAAGCUCUAACCCUGACAUCCCUUUGAGCGUGCCCAACCUGACUGCCUUAUUUCCUUCUAUUGACAAUAGCACUAGAAACUUAACUCACCAAGACCUACUUUCUGGUCUGGAUGAGGGUGUUUUUGAUGAGAUCAAUUUAAUGUCUUUAGCUCUAGAAGAAGGUUUUGAUCCGUUGGAAGUUUCCCAAUUAUUUGAUGAGCCUGAUUCAGAUUCGGGACUUUCUUUAAAUUCAAGCCGUAGCCCGACCUCGGUAAGUGUUUCUGAUUCUUCAUCUGUUUCUUUUGGUGAGGAUGAAGGAGCAGCUGGCUACAGCAGUGAUUCUGAGUCGGUAUCUUAUGAUGGACUAGAAGGAGCAGUGGGGGGAACCUGGCCAGAAGUUAACAAACUGUGCCGUAUGGACUAUCAAGAAGAGUCAAGCUUUUAUGAUGAACUCACUCUACAGAACAUACAACAUAAUCACACAUACAAUCAAUUGCCUAACGAGUCUGAAGCUGGUUCUGAACACCAUUAUAGUUGGCCUGCAAAGUCUGGCAAGACAAGAAGUCCAUGCGCCAAUGGAAUGGAUAAAAACCUAAGCCGUGAUCAACGUCGUGCAAAAUCCCUAAAAAUUCCAUUCUCCGUAGAUGAAAUAGUUAGUAUGCCAGUGGAAAUGUUCAACAACAUGUUAUCCAAACACUACUUAACUGAUACACAGAUAUCUGUGAUACGUGACAUCCGAAGGAGAGGCAAAAACAAGGUCGCUGCUCAAAACUGCCGCAAGAGGAAACUAGACGUCAUAUUGAACUUAGAGGAUGACGUGUCACAGCUCAGGGCACGCAAGGAAAAACUACUAAAGGAGCGGGCUCAGUUCAGUAAAUCUGUGAGCCACAUGAAACAAAAACUGAACGAGUUGUAUGUGGAUGUUUUCAGCAGAUUAAGGGAUGAGCAGGGCAGAGCCGUGAACCCAAGCCAGUAUUCUCUACACUGCAAUAGCGACGGCAGCAUUAUGGUGGUUCCAAGGAGACUGUUAAAAUCCGAACAAAAAAAAGACACAGAAAAGGAUAAAAAGCCAAAAUAAGUAGUGAUGAUAGCAAGUCAAUAAGAAAAUAUUAAAAAGGAAAACCAUGGGCAGAUUGUGUGGCAGUGGGAUCUUUAAAUGUUAUUCUAUAUUAGAGUUUAAACACUGGAUGUUAUAUACCGAGCAUGAAAACCAUUAAUAGCUAUUUUGAUUCCAAGAUUUGUUCAGUGGGCAGCUGUAAGCUAAACUUUUGUCCUCCUUUUCCUCUACAUAAAAACGUGAUGUAUUCUUUCUGGAUGUGGCACUAACCUAGCAGCUUCUCCUGACAUCUUCAUAGGCCACAAAUGAUCUAUUUGUAUAACAGUACCGAGGCUCGCCAAAUGUUUACUUCAUGCAACUUAGCCUCGUUAAGUUAUUAAUAUAUAUGAUAAGUCACCUGUCUGUCUUGCGUUAAUGACAGCGAAGCAUACUUUAAUCUAUUUAAAGGCCAAUUUUCUGGUAAAAUUGGAUUUUCAGUGCAUAUUAACUGAAUGGAGGAGGUUUGCCCGAGAAAAGCUUUGCCGCCCUGAAAGGACUUGAUUGCCGAAAUACAAAGUGACCUUAGAAUUAGUCUGUCGCACUGGAGCACAUAAUUAAAUGUAAAAUGCUACCUUUAAACUUUAUUUUCUUUUAGCUACGAUACAUUAAGGUGUAUGUUAAUUUAUACGUGUGGCCUUUCUAAGGAUAUAAAUUAUGCCUUUUAAUACUUUUUUAAUUACUCUUGUUCUACUCUGUAUCUUCUGAAAAGGUCCUGGUGGCUAUUCAAGGUUUAUCCUUAGAUACUUAAGACUAUCAUUCUGAGCAAGCUGGAGUUGCUUUUUUUGUGUUAAAAUUCUUGUCAUGUUUCCAGUGCAUGUUUUUGUUGGCUGUCAACAAAGAUUUUGUGGGGAUUUUUCUAUUUUCUUCUGUUUUUCAUAAAUAUCUGUUAUAGAAAUUUUAAUUUGUGUUUACAUUACGGGGACAUAAUACAUUUGUUUUCCAGAAUUCUGGUUUCGCUGUUUUGUGAAACUAUGGUAAUGUAUUGUUUUGAAAUAUUAGGUGUUCUGCUUAAAUCUGACCCAAUGAGUAUUUCUGUCCAAAGAAGCAUAUCAAUCCAGUAGAAACACACAAAAACAAAAUGGUUUAUUGAGUAUAUAAUAAAGUAGCAUGUUUUAGAUGACAAUGUAAAAAAAACAAGUGAAUAUAAAAGUUAAGUCACUUUUAUGAUUUAUUAAGUGCCCUAAGUUUAGAAGAAAUAUGAUAUUGUUUAGCAUUUGAUACUUUAACAACCAAGCAGAACUUAAAAUUUGCUAAUUCAUUGAACCAACACAAUUCAAUAAAUUAAACACUGUCACAGUAUUAAAUGUCCGCUUGGCUACAGGAUUGUGUUCUUAAGAUUUGCCAAUGAACAUUAGAAGCCCUAUUAUACUACAUUCUGCAGAUGUAUUAUCCAAGCUGUAGCACCUAAUAUUCAUGAUCAUCAAUGUCAUCAAAUAAAAUUUACUGCAGUACCUAAAA